GAGACAUUCUCUGAUAGUAUCCGAUCUGAAAUUAAAUGGUAGAAAUAAUUGAAAAUGUUCUUCGUAAAUGGUGACCAGUGACAUGUUCAUGCAAGCGGGUUUCUUACAUUGUUUUCAAAUGUUGUGUUCGUUGUUAUGCGCAAAUAGCUUUCAAGUUGCUAUUGAGGAAGCAUACGAUAUUAGCCUACUUCCUAAAACGAUUAGACUGUUUUGUUGACUUGGGGUGUUCUUGCAUUAAUCUAUCUGUUAAAACAUGGCAGACGAAGCCCUUUUUCAGUUCCUACACAACGAAGUAAUUCAGUACAUUUACAAAUCUGAUGAAAAUGAAGAAAUGGAAAAUGGAAGGUGCAUUACCAAACUGGAGAAUAUGGGCUUCAGGGUGGGCCAAGGACUGAUAGAAAGGUUCACCAAAGACACAGCUAGGUUUAAAGAUGAACUGGAUGUCAUGAAAUUCAUCUGCAAGGACUUUUGGACCAGCGUCUUCAAAAAGCAAAUAGACAACCUCAGAACAAAUCACCAAGGUAUUUAUGUUCUGCAGGAUAACAAGUUCCGGUUACUCACACAGCUCUCAGCUGGUAAACAGCAUUUAGAGCAUGCACCAAAGUAUUUGGCUUUUACGUGUGGCCUGGUGCGAGGAGGGCUUUCCAACCUUGGGGUGAAGAGUAUUGUCACAGCUGAGGUUUCUGUCAUGCCUGCCUGUAAAUUCCAAGUUAUGAUCCAGAAAAUGUAGGACCCAUCUGAAGACAACUUCUUCUCUUAAAGCCUUUUCAUAUCAGCCAAAUUGUCUUUUUUGUUUGAGAUCAAAAGCAACCCUGCAUGACUGUUGAGACAUCUUUUUUGUUUUUAAUUGGUGUAGUCUUUAUGUUGAUAAUUAUAAAAUAAACAAUGAUUGCCUUUAGUAUUUUAUUUUAUCAUGUUGAAUAUCUUAAUGUGAAAUUUUGUUAAAUUAUUUUCACUGAAUGUUGAAUAAACACCAUGGUAUUAA